AUGCCGUUCAACCCGAGGGACAAGGUCAAGAACACCACCCGCCUUCCAGCAGCGCUUCGAGACGAGCUCGGCCUGCCACACCUCGGGCCCGCUCGCCCCUCAGGCAGAGGCGCAUACCGCGGCGGCGGCCACAGGCACCAGGCCAGCAACAGGGGCGGUCACAGGGGCUCGAACCAUUCCAACAGGCCAUACGAUGGCAACGGCAGCCACAAUGACGGCCAACGCGGCCACACGUCCAAGCCACAGCUCAAAGUCAUUGGCAAGGGCCCUCGCGCGCAGCAGCGCGGUAGCACCAACAGCAACAGCAACAGCAACAGCAACAGCCUGGCCUCUCCCGUAGCAUCCUCAUCCAACAAACAGAUCGACUCGCGACCCACAAGGGAUCACAAGAAGCGCAAGCAGAACGAGAGCGUGCCGUCCAAGGGCAGCAAAAAGGCAAAGACAUCACAUCCAGCCGCAUCCUCGGACGACGACGACGACGACGGUAGCGAUGACCAAGACGCCGCCGCAUCGCAGCCAAAGAUGCGCAUGAACCCCUUCACCGGCGCUAUGGAAGAGGUCAAACCCAAACCCAACGCCUCAAAGUCCAAGUCCUCUUCCACCUCGGCGACGGCCAAACCCACCGCACUCGAAAAGCUCCUCGCAAAGGCAGAGUCGAAAUCCUCGUCGGCCAACGGCAAGGGCAAGGCCGUCCUGCCCAAGCGCAAGAAGAGGAGCAAGAUGAGCCAGGUCGAAAAGGACGAGGAGGACGAGAUUGCAUGGCUCGAGGCCCACAUCGGCAAGGCCAGCGACGACACAAAGGACGACCUCGACGACUUCCUCGAAGACCUCGACCGAUUCCAGGUCGGAAUGUACGACCCAGACGCCGACGCCGACUCUGACGACGACGACCAAGACUCAGAGGACAGCAGAAGCCAGAGCGAAACCGACAGCGGCAGCGGCAGCGAAAGCGAAAGCGAAGACGAGAGCGACGACAGCGGGGCAGGGAUCGAAGACCAAGAGGCCAGCGACGCCUCCGACGACGGCGACGAGGCAGAGAGCGUCGGUGGCACAGAGGCGAGCAUCGACGAGGACGACAUCGAUGCCCUUGCCGAGAUGGACUUUGACAGCAACGACGAGGCUGACUUUAGCAAUUGGGACGCCGCCAUGGCCACCACCGACGAGGAAAACGACGAUCAGGAGGACGGCGAGAGCGACAGCGAGGACGAGGACGAGGACGAGGGCGAGGGCGAGGAAGAUGGAGAAGAGGACGGACGGGAGGACGGCAGCGACAGCGACAAUGCAGAUGCCCCCGGCGACAAGCCAGAGGAUCCGACUGCGUCGCCGGCGUCGCCCGCAGUGGCAGCGCCCGCCCUGCCGGCCCCCACAGCCGGCCGCUACAUCCCGCCGGCGCUGCGUGCCAAGAUGGCCGCCGAGGCAGCCGCUGCAGCUGCGCCUGGCUCGGCACCGGCGCCCGAGGAUUCCAUCGAGCAGCAGAAGCUGCGUCGCCAGGCCAAGGGUCUGCUCAACAGGCUGGGCGACGCCAACAUCGACUCGAUCGUCACCGAGUUCGAGGCUCUCUACCGCUCCCACUCGCGCGCCGAGGUGACUUCGAUGAUCACGUCGCUCGUACUCGACACCAUCACGGCGCGCGCCAACCUGAUCGACACGUACGUCAUCCUCCACGCCGCCUUUGUCGCGGCGCUGCACAAGGUCGUCGGCGUCGAGUUUGCCGCCUUUUUCGUGCAGAAGCUCGUCGAGGACCUCUUGCGCCACUACCGCGCGCUCAGGGAGGACGGCAAGCACGCCGGCAGCACUGCUGCGGGCGCCGGCGACGACGAGGAAGAGGUCAAGGGCAAGGAGUGCCUCAACCUGACGGUCCUCGUCUGCGAGCUCUACAACCUGCAGGUCGUCGCCUGCCCGCUCAUCUACGACCUCAUCCGCCUCUUUAUCGGGCAGCAGGCGUCGGAGCACAAGCAGCCGGCGGCAGCGACGACGCCGAUGCUCGAGACCGACGUCGAGCUGCUGCUCAAGGUGGUGCGGUCGGCGGGCUCGCAGCUGCGCCACGACGACCCGGGCUCGCUCAAGGCCAUCAUCACGCUGACGCAGGAGCGCGUCGCCGCCUCGUCGGCCUCGUCGGCCUCGACGACGACGACGACGAAGCUGAGCAGCCGGUCGAGGUUCAUGCUCGAGCGCCUGGGCGACCUCAAGAACAACCGCAGCGCCAAGGCGGGCAGCAACGACCCGUCGGACCCGUCGUCGCCGGCGGGGCAGCUGCUGACGCGGAUGAAAAAAUUCCUUGGCGGGAUGGGCAAGAAGCGCACGGUGCGGGCGUACGAUCCGCUGCGGAUCUCGCUCAAGGACCUCGAGGACGCCGACAAGAAGGGCAAGUGGUGGCUCGUCGGGUCGGCGUGGACGGGCCAGACGGAUCAGAAGGACGCCCAGGGCCUCACCAAGCUGCUGCCCAUGAACGCCCGCGCGUCGACCAUCCAGUCUCUCUCGCGCACCGGAGGCGACGACGGGGAUGUCGACGAAGAGACGCGGAAGGCUGCCAUCGAGGAGGAGCGGCAGCGCGAGGCGCUGCUGGCGCUGGCGCGCAAGCAGGGCAUGAACACCGACGCGCGGCGCAGCGUCUUUGUGACGAUCAUGUCGGCCGAGGACUACCAGGACGCGGCGCAGAAGCUGCUCGGGCUCAAGAUGAACGAGGUGCAGCGCCGCGAGAUUAUCCGCGUCCUGCUGCACUGCGUCGGAUCGGAAAAGACGUACAACCCGUACUACACCCUGAUCCUGAGUUCGCUCAGCACGACGUCGCACAGCAUCAAGAUCACGCUGCAAUACUGUCUGUGGGACUUUUUGCGCGAGAUUGGCGAGAAAAACGUGGCGGGCCACUCGAUGUCGUCGCGCCUCGGCGACGGUCCUUCGUCGUUUGACGACGAGGAUGACGACGACGACGACGAGGGGCAGUCGGGCAAGGGCAAGCUUUCGCCGCGUCGACUUUCCAACGUGGCGCAGACGUACGCGUGGCUCCUUUCGCGUUCGAUUCUGCAUCUGCACGUUCUCAAGCCCGUCGAUUUCACGUCGUUGCGACCGAGGGGGACGUGGUUCCUUCAACUCCUAUUCGGAUACACGGUUCUAUCGUGCCAGGCUGCCAAUCCGGCUUCGACAUUCUCACUUCCCCCCUCCUCCUCCUCCUCCAAGAACCGAAGCGCAGGAGGGUAUGGGGGAGAAAAGAAGCUCGAGAAUGCAGUAAGGGCCGGGUUGGUGGGCAACCUGGAUCUGUGUCGGGGUAUACUCUGGUUCCUCAAGAGCCACCUCGGUCCGUCGCAACAGCGAAACGUCGUACUCGGCGAUGACUCCUCGACGACGAAGAAGAACAAAAAGAGGACGCAGGACGUCAAGAUGGACAAACGGGUCGAGAGGAUCCUCGAAUCGCUGCAACGCGGUGUCGACGUUUUUGCCGUCCUCGUCGAGGCGGCGGGUAAAGGCGUACUCGGUGCCAGCGACGAUGCAUUGGGCGCUGGCAUGGGCCCGUCCCACCGCGACGGCCUCGGCGGCUUCGAGGGCAGCGAUGACGGCUCCGACGACGACGACGACGACGACGACGAGGGAGGCGGGAUGGAGAUGACUUGGUGA